UAAAAAUAAAGAAGAGAUGGCAUCAAAAUAUUUAUAAAAAUACCCAGUUCCUGAGGGAUUUCAUUAAUUAUUACAUGAUUUUACAAGAGAAGUAGAAUAGAUGAUUAAAUAUAGGUUUUGAGAGAUUAACCAGAAGAUAUUAUAAAAUAUGGUGUAGAAUAUUUCGAAAGUAUGAGAGAUGGGAAAGAAUUCAAAUAUGAGAGCAAAUUUAAUAUUGCAAAAGGUUAAGCACCAGGAAGAUAACAUUUACCUCCAAGAGCAACAAAUUCAAUAGAGUAAGCUAAGAAAGUGGUUGAUAUAUCAAAUAAAAGAGAUGAUAAGGAAAGGAAAUCUUCAGGUCCUUAAAAGUAAGGUUCUGGUGCAUCUUAUGGAAUGAGAUAAUAAUCAGCAGGUUCAUAAGCUAGUCAUCCAGAUGAAAAGAAAGCAGCUUAAGAAUACGUUAAUGAACUUUAUUAAAAAGUGGAAUAAGAUAUUGAAGAUAUUGAGACAGGAAAGAUUGAAGCAAAUACUGCAUUUUUCUAACCUUAAUUUGUAUAAUAGAAAUAUUAUUAUUUUAGGAUGAAAAAGACAUGGAAAAAAUAAUAAAAAUAUAAGCAAGUGCUAAAGGAAUGUUAGUUAGAAAUUAAUUAAAAUAAUAACAUUAAGUAGAACCAAUGAUUGUUUAUAAAGAAGAUGAAGAAGGAAAUGCAGAAUAAUAUGCUUAAGAUGGUGAUUAUGAAGAAAAUUAAUGA